AUGGAAUUGCUAGUUGAGGCAGGGAAUCAGGACGUGCGUUCGACAAUUGACCGCAUUAUGUUUGGCGGAUCUCAAGUUGGCGAUGAUCAGCAAGAACCUUCAGUUCAUCUAAGACCAUUCAAUAACUCCCAGUAUAGACUAUGGACUCCCAACAAACAGCCUUGGUUCUAUAUAGAAAGAACAAUGCUUACAUGUGUUCGCAGCUCGGGUAAUCCAGGGCUCUCCGCGAUGAAAGUCUCGUUGACCCAACAAAUAGCAGAAUUGCAAAUUUUGAAUAAAUCUUAA